UCUUUGUGCUGCAGUGUAAUAACUCUUGUUUACGUUUAAGGAUGCUAUUAUCAGCUAAUAUUUGCAAUUUAUAUUCAGUGCAACGAAAGCAUUAUCGUGAUUGUUGUUACAUCAUAAAUAACUAAAGUGUUGUCUAAGAAUAACUAAAAAUGUAUAUUCUUUUGCUGGUAUUGUGCGUGUUAGCAGUAACUUUAUUUCGAUGGUACACUUAUCAUAAAUACUGGAAAUAUGUUAACGAAAUUCCAGGACCUAAGGCUUUGCCGAUUAUUGGUCAUCAUGAUAUAGUUAAUUUAGAAAAUGAGGAACUUUUUAGAAUAAGCCGCGAGAGAUCAAAACUUUACUUUCCAAUAUACAAAAUAUGGAGCUUCGGGAUGUAUUUUAUUGGCAUUGCAGGCCCACCGGAAGACAUGGAGCUAAUUUUAGGACAUUCAGAAAAUAACGACAAAAGUUUUGUAUACAAUUUUAUAAAGAAUUGGCUUGGAACAGGGUUAUUAACCAGCAAUGGUAGCAAAUGGCAUUCCAGAAGAAAGAUACUGACACCAGCUUUUCACUUUAAUAUCUUACAAAAAUAUCUUGAGGUGUUUAAUAAAGAAACAGAAAUUUUACUUGACGAGCUGGAUAAAGACGCUGGAAAGGAAUAUAUUAACGUUUUGAAACCAAUAACUGAUUUUACCUUAUUUUCAAUAGGAGAAUCUGCGUUGGGAGUGAGUUUGCGCGAAAAGAAUUGUGAUGAAUAUAAAAAGGCUGUUCAUGAGCACGGAAAAAUAGCCGCAUAUAGAAUAACCAAACCAAUUUUGUAUCUAGAUUUUAUAUUUAACAUGCUUCCAAAGGGUAGGACACUUCAAAAAUAUGUAAAGACGUUACAUGAUUUAUCAACAAAUGUUAUUCGAGAAAGGGAGCAAAGCAAACUAAUGGAUGCAGAAGGCAAUUUUUCCUACUCAAAAAGAAAAAGAUUGGCUCUAUUAGACCUAAUGCUUGAAGCAAGAGCAGCUGGUGAAGAUAUUGACGAAGAAGGAAUUAGAGAGGAAGUAGAUACGUUUAUGUUUGAGGGACAUGAUACAACAUCGGUAGCACUAUGCUAUAUCCUGUUAACUUUAGCUAAUGAGCAAGAACAUCAGGCCAAAAUAUAUGAAGAGAUUCUAUCAGUCUUAGGAACAACUCAAUAUCCAACUCAGCAACAACUAGGCGAGCUCAGGUUCAUGGAAAGAUUCGUUAAAGAGUGUCUGCGUCUUUAUCCUAGUGUGCCAUUUAUUUCCAGAGUGACUGGAAAGACUCUACAUACUCAUUCGGGGUACACAAUACCGAAGAAUUCGACAGUUCUUAUUUUUAUUUAUGACUUACAUCAUAACGCAGCAGUAUGGGAGGAUCCAGAGAGAUUUGAUCCUGAUAGAUUUUUGCCGGAAAAUAUUGCCAAAAGACAUCCGUUUGCAUAUUUACCAUUUAGUGCUGGAGGAAGAAACUGUAUAGGUCAGAAAUUUGCUAUGUUGGAAAUAAAAGCUGUAUUAUGUGGAAUCCUGAGAAAAUUUAAAUUGGAAGCAGUAGACAAACGAGAAGACAUCAAAUUUAUAUCAGAUCUCGUAUUAAGACCAACUGGCGAAAUACGGGUUAAGUUUUCUCAUAGACAAUAAAAUAGUAUAUUUUGCAACAAGUGCAGAAAGGUACUAAUUUUUCACGAGUUUGAAAAGUUGCGGUACGAGCGCAAGCGAGUGCCGCAAUUCAAAAUAGUGAGAAAUUACCUUUCUGCACGUGUUACACACUAUACUUUUUCUACAACCACAGUUUUUGUUAAAAAUAAAAAUUACAAUUUCUAAACUAAGAUUUAUUAUAAUAAUAAAUUAUAAAUUUUAAACUGUAUUUAAUUAAUACUAAUCAAUUUAAUGUUGUUCUGACGCUAUUUUCUUGUGGCGUUUUUGCAAUUAACUAGUUUUGAUGGGAAAUAAGCCACAAUUUUACUAAAAAAUAUAUUUUAUUAACGUUUCGACCCCCAAAUCGGGCGUUGUUGUCAAAAUACAUUAUUAAUAUUUUUUGUAUUUUGACAACGACACCCUAUUUGGGCGUCGAAACGUUAACAAAAUCAUUUUUUUAGUAAAAUUGUGGCUUAUUUCCCAUCAAAACUAGUUAAUCAAUUUAAAUUCCUUAUACCUAAAUAUAUUACACAGAAAUCAGUUAAAAAAUUAAUCCACUGCCUUAAUUUGUUUGAAUUUAAAUUAUUUUAAAUAAUUAUUAUAAAAUAAUGUCACAUUUGACGUUACAUUUAUGCAGACACAGAUUGUCCCCGAACCUACUUCAUUCGACGUAUCUUGCUGAGAUUGCUAAAUUCUUAUUGAUUAAUAAUUGAUAAUUAUAAAAUAUUUAUUAAGAAUAAAAUUAUAAAAUAAAACAGUUGUAACAUUCAUAAUUUAAUUUCUAUUCGACAAUUAAGUACAAUAACUGUCUUUCAGGUUAUAAUAUAUUUGUCUACACUUUAACCAUAGAUGUAAACAUAAGAUAUAAAGUUACUCAGAAUGAGGUAGUCAUUUGUAGAAUACUAAAUUUAAAGUUCAAAAGUAAUGUGAUAAAUUAGCAAAUUUUCCAGAUUUCUCGGACAUGAGAUAUAGUUAAAUCGGUUCUUUUUUGAAAAGUACUAUCAAAUCUCUAAUAUCUCAAAUAAAACAAUUUCAUCAAAACAUGCUAUAAUUAUAUUUAUUUGUGGAAUGUAAUGGUACUGUGCAGAAAAGAACUUUCCGGCAUAGAAACGUCACUUUUCUGCACACUAAUGUCAUAUAUCAAAUACUGUGAGAAAAUGUCAAAUUUCUUAACAUAAAACUGUGCAGAAAAGUGUAUUUUCAAUAGUGGUUGUAGAAAAAUAAACUUAUAUACAAAUACUUAAUAUCCGUAAAUUCUUAAAUUCUUAACAGAGGCUAAUAUUUCCGAAGUCGUUAAAAAGAAAGAAUAAUAGUCGAUUACUUCGAUAUUUUUUUUCAAAUUGUUAUUUAAAAUGAAAUAUAACAAACGAAUAAUAA